AUGGAUUAUUGGUCCGAGCAAAUUGUUAUUGUUGAAGAGAGGCGACGAUUCGGCGAAAUGGCGAACGUCACCGCCGUCGAGAUUCCGCAAUGGAUUCACGACAAUCACGAUCAAUUCCAUCCGCCGGUUUGCAACAAAUGCAUGUUCUCCGAUCAGCUGAAGGUGUUCUAUGUCGGCGGUCCGAAUCAGCGCCUCGAUUUCCAUCUCGAAGAGGGCGAGGAGUUCUUUUUUCAGCGCAAGGGCGACAUGGUGCUGAAGGUUAUCGAGAAGGGCACAAUUCGAGAUUUGGUUAUCAAGCAAGGCGAGAUGUUCAUGCUGCCGGCACGUGUUGAGCACUCACCGCAGCGUUUCGCCAACACGAUGGGUCUCGUCGUGGAGCGAGAGCGCAAAAACACCGAGUUCGAUUGUGUACGGUUCGUCGUGGGUUCCUCAAACGUCACAUUAUUCGAACGCUGGUUUCAUUUGAACGAUGUCGUCAAAGAUCUGCCGCCGCUCAUCAAAGAGUUCUACAAUUCCGCCGAAUUCAAAACCGGGAAGCCCGGCAAAGGGACGUUCGCCGUGAACGCUCCAUAUGAGGCGAAAUGGAUUGAUCUACCAGCUCCGGUCAAUCGGAAAGAGUUCAUCUAUGAUCAUAUAAGCGAUUUGAAAAAUGGUCCGGUGAAAAUCUACGGACCACCCGAGUACAAAACGGAGGUGAUGCUUCUCGGCGAGGGCUCGUAUGAUCUCGAGAGCGGCUCGGUUGAGUUGCUCAUCUGGCUUCAGGAGAACACAUUUGCCGUCAUCGAAGAGAGCGGAUUCACGUACGCGCUCAAAUCGGAGACGAUGGUCCGCCUUCGAGAGCACACCAAAUGCCUGCUCAACGUCAAAGGCGGAUUCGUGAUAACCAUUCGAAUGACGAGCUAG